CUCCAGAAUCAACUCCCAUUCAUGGCCGAGCCUGUUUCGCGACACCACCGCUCUACUCCAAUCCCCUCGGGCUAAUUCUACCAUCGAGAACCGGAAUCACCAGUGCUGUCCCAUACCUGAAAGACCCCGCGUCCUAUACUCCUACGUUCCGCUAAGCGUCGACCGCGAUAGUGACAGCCGCUGUUGUGAAAGGAUCCCUCCGAGUGCUCCGAGACGGGUCCCUGCGACGGCUCCCCCGUUCGUAGGACGCGCGACGAGCAGCAGGCCUCAGACCUCCGUUUUCAUCAGAACCCUCCUACUCCACUUCUCCCGUCUGACAUCGACAACCACACUUCCAAUUCGAGAUGGACGACUCCUCCCCCCCCGAGAGCAUUGACAACACCCCCAAGGAGAAGAAGAAGAGCAGAAGACCGGCCAACACGGCGUUUCGCCAACAGCGCUUGAAAGCAUGGCAGCCCAUCCUCACCCCUAAGACGGUCAUCCCGCUCUUCUUCGUCAUAGGCAUCAUAUGUGCGCCCGUUGGUGGAUUGUUGAUCUAUGCUAGCUCUACGGUUAAGGAGUUGCGCAUCGACUAUACCAACUGCUUCCGGGACUCCCCGACUGAUAGCUCUGAGCUGAUGGACCAGAGCCUCAUCUUCCCGUCGUUCAAGGACAAUGAGACCAUCAAUGCCAUGUGGCAGCAUACUGAAGGCAUCAAUUUUACCUAUGGGCAGUACACCGUCCAGAACCUUACCAGGUGCACCCUCACCUUCGAUAUACCGGAGGAGAUGGCCCCCCCUGUUCUCCUCUACUACCGGCUGGAGAACUUCUACCAGAACCAUCGUCGCUAUGUCGCGUCCUUUUUCGAUAGGCAGCUUCUGGGUAAUGACGUCUCCGUUUCUGAAGUCGAUGCUUCUAAUUGCCAGCCCCUCGCCACCGUCAACAGCUCGAACGAGGUGGCUUAUUACCCGUGCGGUCUGAUCGCCAACUCGCUAUUCAACGACACCUUCCUGGAUCCCGUGCUUCUGAACCCGCCGACGCGGGACGGCGAGAGCGAAAGCCCGUCGAGCGUGGUUUACGAAUUGAAGAACACCUCCAUCGCCUGGGACUCGGACAAGGAUUUGUACGGAGGGCGAGAUAGUACAAAUUACGACAACAUCCUCCCGCCCCCUAAUUGGCAGAUUCGCUACCCCAAUGGGAGGUACAGUGCCGAGGCGCCCCCGCCCAACCUGAAGGAGGACGAGCAUUUCAUCGUCUGGAUGCGGACGGCAGGUUUGCCGACCUUCAGCAAGCUGUACGGGAAGAACGACACGGCCCCUAUGCUGAAAGGCACCUACUCUAUGGAUAUCAUCGACAACUUCCGAACGGACGUGUACCAGGGUAGGAAGAGCAUCGUCAUCACGACGCUGUCCGUCAUGGGCGGGAGGAACAACUUCCUGGGCAUCCUGUGGCUCGUCGUGGGCGGGUUCUGCAUCGUCCUGGCCCUCGUAUUCCUGGUCACGAACCUCAUCAAGCCGCGCAAGCUCGGCGACCAUACCUACCUGUCGUGGAAUAAUGCCCCGGCGUCCUCCUCGGCCGUCAAGGGCAAAGGGAAGGCGUCCGGCCCGGCAAUAGGCAUGGCGACCGGCCGUGAUCUGUCGUAGGACGUCGGUACGCGGGGGCCGAAGGGGCCGAGGCCGAAGGCUGCACGCCGGCGGGCCGACGGCCCGUCUACCGGCGUAGCGGCAGCGGCAGCGGCAGCGGCAGCGGC